GGUUGAGGCGUUGUGCUAUCGAGUAAAUUAGAUUUCGGGCUCGGUCCUGUGCCAGAUCGAACCUUCUUAGAGGAUCUUUCGAACAUAAAUCAUGCCAGGGCAACCCCAUAAAGUCUAUCCGAGGCCUGAGGAUGUUCCUUAUCAACAUAUACAACCAAUCGGCCAUGGAGGACAAGCAUCUGUGGAUUCUGUCAAACGAAAGAAUAAACGCAUUCAUGAAGAGGUUAGGAUCGCGAAUGGACUAGUUCAUCCGCACAUUGUUCGGCUGAUCGAAACUUAUCAGUGUAAGAACAUGUAUGCCAUCAUCAUGGAACCCGUUGCACAGGGGAAUUUGGCAGCCUAUCUCUCUGACCUGGACGAACUGCCUGUUGGACAAGACGCCGGACGAAGGGAGUGUCUCGCUCAGUGGUUCUACUGUCUCACUAAUGCCCUGUACUACAUACACGAAUCUGGGAUCCGCCACCGCGAUAUCAAACCGCAAAAUAUCCUCACGCUGGAUGGAUUUGUCUAUCUUACUGACUUUAGCAUUUCCGAAACGUUCCAGGAAGCGACCAUCUCAGGUUCAACUGAGAUCGUUGGAACUCGUACCUACCGCUCACCGGAGCGGGAUUCUCGCAAGCGAUCGGGGCGAAGAGAAGAUAUCUUCUCUUUAGGUGCUGUUUUCCUUGAGAUGUUGACAGCGUACACGAGACAAGGAAUGCUCAAAGAAUGGCACGAUUUUCGAGGCGGGCCAUACUGCCACAAAAUCGACAAGAUAGAGCAGUGGAUACAGCGUUUACAUACUGUUUCAAUAGAUAUGCAACGUGUAACCCAUCAGAACGCUCCCAAAAUGCCGUUUUGGUAUGGGGCACUGCUGUCUCUAUGUGGCUUCAUGCUAGAGCAACAACCAAAGAACAGGCCGCAUGCAGAUGUCCUGGUGGCGGCAUGGAGAUUUAGGGCCAUCUCAUUCGAUUACAAAACUUACUGGCUUCCCAUAGCACAAUGCGACUGUGGUCCACUAUCUCCAAAUCAUGAGUCGAGGCCAUACCAUCAAUGGACACAUAUUUUACGCAUACUCAGACGAAGCAACUGGUCACCGGAGCGCGACGUCAUUGAGGCACGCAAUACGAUCACUGAAGAAUGGUACAAGCAUAGGAUCGAAAGGCUAAACGUGUGCCAAGAACUUCGAGAACCUCUUCAAGAUAGGCACCAGAUCCUCGGCGAGAACCUUGGGGCGAGUGCCAUUGCAUUGCCUCUAAAAUUAUAUUUUCGGGCAUCCCUAGUCUUGGGCGAUGCUCACUUAACAACUGCCCUCGCAACUGCCUAGGAAAUCGUGUCUCAACUCGUGGAAAUUAUCAAUCAACCGAAAGAUUGCAGUACCGUCGAAGCUUUACGCCUCGUCGUUAACGCCAUAAUGGAUCAUAUUAUCCAAGAUGAUGACGGGACUUACUCCUCGUGGCACGCAGAUAUCUGUAACGAGCUGAGCCUCAC